GCCCGACGGAGGGAGUAAGAUGGCGGCGGCGGCGGCGGCUGAGCGAGCCGGGAGCGGGGAUGCCGGGCUCCGUCGGCGGCGGCUGCUGCUGCUCUGGCUGCCGCUGCUGGCCUGGGAAGCCGGGGCGGAGCAGAUGGAGGAGUACCUGAAGCGGGAGCACUCGCUUACUAUGCCUUACCAGGGUGUGGGAUCCGGCAGCUCAUCGCUGUGGGAACUUGCAGGCAAUGCGAUGGUGAUGACUCAGUUUGUUCGCCUCACUCCAGAUAUCCAAAGCAAGCAGGGCGCUGUCUGGAACAGAGUGCCUUGUUACUUGAGAGACUGGGAGAUGCAGGUGCAUUUCAAAAUCCACGGGCAAGGGAAAAAAAACCUCAACGGAGAUGGCUUUGCCAUCUGGUACGCCAAGGAUCGAAUGCAGCCAGGGCCAGUCUUUGGCAGCAAGGAUACCUUCAUAGGACUGGGCGUGUUUGUAGACACUUACCCCAAUGAGGAGAAGCAGCAGGAGGCCCAGAAGAAGAGGUAUUCUUCAGGAAACCAGCGUGUCUUCCCGUACGUCUCGGCCAUGGUCACCAACGGGUCCCUUAUCUAUGACCAUGAGAGGGACGGGAGGCCAACUGAACUUGGGGGCUGCACGGCCAUCGUGCGCAACUUGGAACAUGACACGUUCCUGGUCAUCCGCUAUGUGAAGAGGAGGCUCACUGUCUUGCUCGACAUUGAUGGAAAGCAUGAAUGGAAAGAUUGCAUUGACAUUCCCGGAGUCCACCUACCCCGUGGAUACUUCUUCGGAAUCUCUUCCGCCACAGGAGACUUGUCAGACAAUCACGACAUCAUCUCUCUAAAGACAUACCAGCUGACAGUUGACCGGACGAUGGAAGAAGAGAAACGUGACAAAGAAGUCUUCCUUCCUGUGGUGGACAACAUGAAACUCCCUGGGAUGGUGAUGCCGAUGGAGCCCAUGAGUGGCCUUGCUCUCUUCUUGAUCGUCUUCUUUUCGCUGGUGGCCAUCGUCUUCGCCAUUGUCGUCGGCGUGAUUGUUUACAACAAGUGGCAAGAACAGAGCCGGAAACAUUUCUACUGACCCACGGGGCCUCCUCUUGGGAUUCUUCCCAUCGUCCUGGCUUUCUGGACCGCCAUCGGAUUUCAUCAGCAAGUGGGGGGCGGAGGGGGGGAGAUCAUGGAAACAGGCAGCUCAACUCGGGAAGCCAUGUCCGCGGAGCUCCUGGCUCCUAAACCUAACAAGAGGGCUCACAUUUGGACCGGUGGUCUCCUUGUGGUGGUGAGCCACCGUUCUCUCUGCUCUUUCCUUUGCCUUCCUUGAACGAAGUUCUCAGCACUGGCUUUCGGUGGGACGUUGGACGGGUGUUGUCAGCCUCCCACCACAAGGAUGUAGCACAUUCUGUUGACUCUUGUUGGGGAGGCGGACGGGACGCAUUUAAUGAAGAGAUUUGGAGCUGCCAUCUUCGUCUCCUCUAGCAGAGGAGGUCGUUGGAAGAUGGGAAACUGUGAUUUGGGGAAAUGUCAAGGUAGCAGGGACAAGGAAAUUGGGAUAUGGUCAUCGGCAGUAUCAAACUGAAUGGUUUUUUGGGAUGCCUUAAGUAGCAUAAUACUGCCUGGGGGACAAAGGCAGAGAUCCUUGUAGCUUAAAGAAAAACCUCAUUUUGUGCAGCCCUGCAACCCACUUUAUUUUCUUCUGUUCUUUAGAGAUCAGGAAAAGCAUCACAGUGAAACCACUACCUUGCUGAACCAACCAAUGUGAAUCUCUUUGCUCCUUAAGCACAAUUCUGUCCUCCUCCAUUUCUUCCUUCUUCCGCUUCUCCUUUUUUUCCCUUCUCCUUCCCUCUUUGCACUUCUUCC